CCUGCCAACCGACCUGCAUGCCCACACCUCCUUUUUCCAUAACUCCUUCAACCACCAGCGCUGAGCGCAUACCUAUUCUCAUCCUCACUUCUCUCUUCAAGAUUGGACUCCAAUCCCCGUCCCAGUAUCUCCGUUGUCGAGUCUUAAUACUGCCGUAGCAACAUGAAGGGCGAGAUCCUCCACCUUCACUUGGGCCAGGCCGGUACCCAGCUCGGUAACAGCGCCUGGGAACUCUAUCUCCUCGAGCACGGUCUCGGAGCCGAUGGUCGCCCAGACCCUAACGCUAAAGAUAUCCUCGACGGCGGUUCUUACGAGACCUUCUUUACCGAGACCAGCAACGGCAAAUAUGUGCCCCGCUCCAUCUUCGUCGACUUGGACCCCUCGCCUAUUGACGAGAUCCGCACCGGUCGCUACCGCCAGCUCUUCCACCCCGAGCUUCUGAUCAGCGGAAAGGAGGAUGCUGCCAACAACUACGCUCGUGGCCACUACACCAUUGGCAAGGAGAUGGUCGACUCGUGCCUCGACCGAAUCCGCCGUGUGACAGACAACUGCAACUCUCUCCAAGGUUUCCUGAUCUUCCACUCGUUCGGCGGCGGUACCGGCUCGGGUUUCGGUGCUCUCCUGCUCGAGCGCCUCUCUACCGAGUACGGGAAGAAGUGCAAGCUCGAGUUUGCCGUCUACCCGGCCCCUCGAGUAUCUACAGCCGUUGUCGAGCCCUACAAUGCUGUCCUCUCUACCCACAGCACCAUCGAGAACUCGGACUGCACUUUCCUGGUCGAUAACGAAGCUGUUUACGACAUCUGCCGGCGUAACCUCGACAUUCCUCGUCCUGACUCCGAGCACCUCAACCGUCUUAUUGCCCAGGUUGUUAGCUCCAUCACCUCGUCCCUUCGAUUUGACGGUGCCUUGAAUGUCGACUUGAACGAAUUCCAGACCAACCUGGUGCCGUACCCCCGUAUCCACUACCCUCUGAUCAGCUACGCACCCGUCAUCUCGGCCGCCAAGAGUGCCCAUGAGAGCUUUAAGGUCCACGAUCUGACCUUCCAGUGUUUCGAGCCGAACAACCAAAUGGUUGUUUGCGACCCGAGAAACGGCAAGUACAUGGCUGUGGCUCUGCUGUACCGUGGCGAUGUCGUUCCUCGCGACUGCAACGCCGCCAUCGCGGCGGUCAAGGCAAAGGCCUCGUUCAACCUGGUCGAGUGGUGCCCGACCGGCUUCAAGCUCGGUAUCAACUACCAGAAGCCGAUGGCUGUGCCCACUACGUCUCCGACGGACGGCGGCCUAGCCUCCGUCGACCGCUCCGUCUCGAUGCUGUCCAACACGACGGCCAUCGCGGAGGCAUGGUCCCGCCUGGAUUAUAAGUUCGACCUCAUGUACAGCAAGCGCGCUUUCGUGCACUGGUACGUGGGCGAGGGUAUGGAGGAGGGCGAGUUUUCCGAGGCCCGCGAGGAUCUCGCCGCACUUGAGAAGGACUACGAGGAGGUCGCGGCCGAUAGCUUCGAGCCGGACGAGCCCGAGGCCGAGUACUAGACUGGUGCGCGCGCGCGUUGGCUUAUAAUACCCCUUGAAGAGGUUUUUUUGUUUCGCUCUCCGUCGACUCCUAUUUGCUCCGCGCUCUCGUACGACCCUUCGUAACCACGCCCCGGCCCGCGCCUUAAUCUGGGUUCUUCGAUGUUCUAGCUAGCAAGUGGGGGGCCUGUCUUGUUAUCGGGGUCACGAAUUAGAGCAGAGACGGACCCCCUUCCCGGGAAGAGUGUGUGGAUAGUUACUCUCUCGGAUUCAUUGGAAGAAGAGGAUAGGAGAAGGAGAUGUGUUGGGAAAGCUAAGUUGGUCAAAGAUUCCG